CAUAAUUUUAAGUUGACAGUAGUAUAUUCUCUGGAAUAUAGAUUAUCUUUAUUCAGAAAGUAUCCUUGCUUUGAUAAAUAUUCCAACUAGAUUUCAAGAAAGAAAGAUUAGGAAAAAUAAGAUUAGUUUAAAAGCUGGAUGAACAUAUUAUUUUCAUUUCUGAACAGCUACUUGGAUAAAAAGUCAAUGCUUCCAAGAAAUAAUGAAUUGUAGGGCAGAUCAAAGGAUAUGGGAUAGACCAAGCAAGCUACUGGUUGAGACAUUUGUCUUGGUUGCAUCUCAAAUGGGAUUGGUUCACAUAAAGCAAAGAGGCAGAGAAAGGGGUGAACCAGAAAUAAAAAAGUGAUUUUCACUUUUGAUUAAAGGAAAAACAAAAAGGCUUUUUUGGUUUUGGAUGCUUUGUCAAGAAACUAAUGAACAGAAGACAAAAAGACUUGGGAGGAUAAAACCCUUUGCCUCCAAGUAAUAAAAAGAUGAGCAAGUGACAGCAAUCCAAGGCAAAAACUUCCCAGGAAAUAUGACAGAAAGACAAGAGACUUAACGUUACUCGUUCCUCUACAUUUCCACGAAACAAACGUGCAUGCUAAGGUCAUUUCCCUUUGUUCUUUUAUAAUCGCCACCCUUUCGUUCUGCCAUUUCACAACUCAUGACAAAGACAACUUCAAACCUUGGAAUAUCACGUACUCUUCCAUUACAAGCCAGUCUUUUAUCAUCUAGUUUUCCUACAGGGCUGGUUUCGUCCUGGAACAUGGAUCGUCGAAGUUCUUCGGAAGAUGAUGGAAGUGUUCGUUUGCAGAUUAAUGAGCCUCGGAAGCUAAGUGAGACCUGUGGUUCAAACACUAAUUUUGAACCUCUGAGCAUUCCCGAGAAUAGAGAAAGUAAUGCAGAAUCUGUCUCUUCUGCAUCUGUGGUUAGAGCACCAGAAAAGAAAUUAACACUCUUUGCUCUCAGGCUUUCAAUCUUUGAGAAGUCAGCUACUGGCCUUGGAACUCUGGGGUUUAUCUGGGCAACAGUAGUUCUUCUAGGUGGUUUUGCUAUCACUUUAGAUAAAACUGACUUCUGGUUUAUCACCAUUAUUUUGUUAAUUGAAGGGGCUCGAAUAUUCAGCAGAAGUCAUGAGCUUGAAUGGCAACACCAAGCUACCUGGUCGAUUACGGAUGCUGGUAUCAACAGUUUCCGAGCACUUAGAUCAAGCUCGCACAUCCUCAUUAGAACUGUGAAAGCAAUCCUCUAUCCACUUUCCUUGAGAAGGAAGCAAAGUCAAAAUACUAGAGAAAUAACAAAGGUUGAUGAUUCACAAUUUGGAAGAUGGAAUCAUACAAGAACCCCAACUCGGACAUGGAUAAGUUCAGAUGUUCCUCUUCUACCUUAUGUUCAAUGGGUUUUCCUUUCAAGAAACAUAAGCAAAGUCCUGUAUUGGCUCCAGCUUUUAUCCGCAACAACUUGUGUAGUACUUUCGUCCAUGAAGCUCAUCAAGCAUAACUAUGGGGAGGUACAGAAGGGAGAUACUGAUAAAAGGAACAGGCAAUCUGCUCUGAAUAUUUUCUAUGCCUUGGCCUUGGCAGAAGCUCUGUUGUUUCUGAUGGAGAAAGCCUACUGGGAGUGGAAAGUCAAAUUUUGUAAACUUUUGGAAGAAGUAAAUAAGGAGUGCGAGUUUGGACCUUCAGGUAUGGUUUCCAUCAAAAGGUUCUUCUAUGAUGCUUAUUCAAGAUGUGUUAAUGGAAGCAUUUUUGAUGGCUUGAAAAUGGAUAUUGCUACCUUUGCUAUGGAUCUAUUGGCUUCAAAUUCCUCUGAUGAACAGCUCAUUGGAGCUAGAAUUCUUCGCCAGUUUGCCAUUAGUGAGAGGUACUCUGAUGACACGUUGCAGAAGAUUGGGAUAAAUUUAUCAGUGGUUGAAAGAUUAGUUGAGAUGUUGAACUGGAAAGACCCUCAAGAAGAAGAGAUCAGGAAAUCAGCUGCGGAGAUACUGUCAAAACUUGCUGGUAAGAAGCAAAACUGCCUACGUGUAGCUGGUAUACCAGGUGCAAUGGAAUCAAUAUCAUCCCUGCUUCAAACGAAUAGAAGUUCUGGUGACGGAGCAGAUGAAGUUGGUGAAAAGAACCUCAUUCUUGAUCAUGCAAAUUACAGUUUCUGGACAUUCAAUCAUUUAGGACUUCUUAUUCUGAAAAAGCUCGCUUGUGAUCAUGACAACUGCGGAAAGAUUGGAAACACAAGGGGCCUCUUACCUAAAAUCAUAGAUUUUACACAUGCUGGAGAAAAGUUGUUGAGGGAUGAAAAUGUUGCUCCAUCUCAGAUUCUAACAGUUAAACGAUCUCUUCAAGUGGUGAAAAUGCUGGCAAGCACGACUGGUGCCCCGGGAAAACAUCUCAGAAAAGAAAUCUCAGAGGUAGUUUUCACAAUCAGCAACAUUAGAGAUAUUCUAAGACAUGGAAAGAAACAUCCAUUGCUGCAAAAACUAAGCAUAGAAAUUCUCACCAAUCUGUCACUGGAAGAGGAAGCAACAGAAAGGAUCGGUGGCACUGGCGGGGUACUCAAGGAAUUGUUCAAUAUCUUUCUCAACCAGGAGAUGCCAGAGCACCAGAAUCAUGUAAGACGAGCUGCAGGAGAAGCGGUAGCCAUGUUGGCCUUAGAAAGUAGAACCAAUUGCCACCGCAUCUUGAGAUUGCAAACGCUGGAAACGCUUGUCCAAGCAUUAGAGGUUCCAUUACUUCGUGUGAAUGCUGCAAGAAUUCUAAGAAACUUGUGCACCUACAGUGCAGAAGAAUGCUUCUACCAGUUAAAGGGUGUCAUAGCUGCAGCGCCAACAGUGCUCAAGGCAAUUAUGUCAGAAGAGAACAAGUUGCAAGAAGUAAUGGUUGGCCUAGCAGCACUAGUGUUCAAACAUAUGACUUCUGAAGAAUCAAGCAUCAUGCUUGACAGAGCUGGAAUUAAGGAGGAGGAAUUAGCUAAAGCAUUGGUCCAGAUUCUUCAAAAGUACAGCCAUCCAUCGGCUAAGGUCCCAAGAAUGAGGAGGUUCACCAUAGAGCUGGCAAUUUGGAUGAUGCAUGACAAUGUAAAGAAUGUGUACAUUUUCAAGGAUAUGGGGAUGGAGAAAGAGCUGGAGGGUGUGUUAGAGACCACAGCAGAGCUAGAGAGCUUCAACAUAUUCUCUGGCACUGUUGGGCUUAGCCGGCACAGCACUACAAUUCAUUCACUGGUUGAAACCGCAUUGAAGCUGCUGAAGGAUAGGUAAAUUGUACAAAAAUGAGGCAUCCCCACUAUUAAAAUUUGGUAAUAUAUGCAGCAGUUCAAGUGUUUGAAGAUUCGGUCUUCUGAAUUUGCAUUCAUAACAGCUAAAGCAAAUUCUUUUUCUCUAAGCAAAUCAAUGUUAUAAGUUAUUAUUAUUAUUUUUUUCUAAAAAAAAAUUGUUACAAGUUAUUGUAAUCAAUUAUCAAUGAAGUAGGAAAAGCUUGAAGAAAUGCUUACCACACACAGGCUGAAGUCUAUAUAUAUUAGUACUUUGUAUGAUAGGGGGGGUUCAUAUCCUCUUUGGAAGCCAUGUGUCACAACUGUUUUAUGUUUUGUUUUACAAAUGGGAAGAUCUGCAUAAGUUGUUAGAGAGGAGGAUUUAUGCAUGGGAUGAUUUGUUGAGCAUAUGUUUAAUCAUGGUUCAGUUGAUUUACAAGCAGUUUGAUCGACUCCUUUAGUCAUGACAAGUCUUGAUUACCUGUCAUUUGGUUGCAUCCUUUCCGAAUUGUAUCCUAAUCCAAAUUGUAUCCUUUACAAUAUGAACCUUUUACUACUCAGUGAUUUCAU